CACCUUCCACGCUUCACGAUUUGCUCCACCACCUCAGGUCCCCGUCCCUCAGCUUGUCGACGUACACAGGCCGCCAUUGAUUAGGACGGACGCCGGAGCUCGAUCAAAGCCUGGAACGCAUGGCGGGCUACGGCGGCGGCGACGACGGCGUGGACCUCACCGAGCUGACGCUGGGGCUACCCGGCGUCAAUGCGCGCAAGGCGAGACGAGCGAGGAAGAACGGCCAGCAGCCGCCGUCGUCGUCCGCCAUGAUGCAAGCGUUCGUGAAGGUGAGCAUGGACGGGACGCCGUACCUGAGGAAGGUGGACGUGGCGGCGUACGACGACUACGGCGAGCUCGUGGAGGCGCUCAAUGAGCUCUUCUGCUGCUGCUCCAUCGGGCUGAUGGAUGGGUACGGCGACUGGGAGCACGCCGUGGUGUACGAGGACGGCGACGGCGACUGGAUGCUCGUCGGCGACGUGCCGUGGGAGAUGUUCGUGUCCUCGUGCAAGAGGAUGAGAGUGAUGCGAUCGUGCGAGGCGAGAGGGUUGAGCUCCAACGCCUGACAGGCAUGCAGCGCCGCGUAGCAUUGAGAAGAGAAUGACAGAGAUUUGAAUGUGCAGAGGCAUCAUCCGAACUGAACUUGCACUGCUGCACAUAGCUAGCUCAAGUGGCGAGGAAGCUGACGAAGGUGAUGACGACGCAAUUCUGAAUGAGGCAAUGCAAGUACGAUUCCAUCUACACAACAAAGACUGCACUGCACAUGAUUAGUGGGAAUAAAAGUUAGUUGACGCCGCCAAUGCAAGAACGUACGAUCUCCUCCUGCUUGCCGCUCCUCACAUGAGCAGGAUACGGUUGACUUCCCUGACAUCCAAAUAUUUUAGUACUAGUUCCAUCUCCCAGCGGAUCAACACCCACCUGCACCCCAGCUCAUGUCACAUUUUGCUCUUCUUGUUGUGUGUCACAUGUACAUGAAUCAAGAGUCGUUGAUUUAACACAAGUUGCCAUUGCCACCGUGAUUGGAGAUCUCGGGUUGACGCGUUGAGCUCACAACGGUUUUGUUUCGCGUCGAUUCAGCUGUCAGGAUGUCGCGUGACAAACUGACAAUGGCUAGCUGCAUUUGGAGGUCUGCGUCGUAUACUGUAGGCAGAGCUGAGAGCAGUGGACUUCCAAUUUUCAAAAGCGUGGAAGUAGCAGAAACAAUCUUUGAUGCGCGUAUAGUAGUGGACCUAGCAAGUGGCCGUGUAGGUUAAGGAUAGGAUAGGAUCGUGCCAAUCUCACUAAAUCAGAUAGUCCCUCUGUCAUGAUACCAUCGAGGAACAAGUUAAUCUAUCUAUUAUUUUGUACUUGCCUAAUUGGCCAACAAAAUAAUUUACCAUGUU